UAUUUUUUUGUUGUAUUUAUGUUACGUGGCUCAUUUGUUGUUGUUGAAGCAGCCGUGACUUGUUGACACAAGGUAAUGAGACAUAGACCACAAUUUGCUUGCAUAAGACAAACACACACACACACACACACACAUGCAAGCUAAAUGUUGCAGUAGUUGCUCUUGUAGCAACAUUUUUAUAGCUCACUUUGAGGCGAGUGCACAUCAGUCAGCAUCCGGACAUGGCCAGCGUUGGUGGCAGCUUUGACUUGCCCACUGUGGGCAGCGUUACCAGCAGCACUGCUCUGGCCAUACGUAACUCCACAAUUAUAGCCCAUCGCUUGUCCAUUUAUUUGCCACAGCUGCUGCUGCCCACGCGGGAUCCACACAAGCUCAUCUUGGAGAUCAACAGUCACGUGGCGCAGUUUCGUGAGCUGCUUAUUUAUGUUGGCCAAGCGCGGGAUUCACCCGAAUUGCGCGAAAAGAUUCGCAAGUUGCGUCGCUGCUGCUUGGACGCCUGCAAGCAUACGGCGCAUCUUAUUACUCCUCAGCCACGUCAUUGUCUAACCAGUCCCCACGACAGAUUGCAAUUGUCGCUGCUCUUUCUCGUCCAGCAGUUUCUACACGAGCUUAUCAAGAGCCAUCAUCUCAUACAGCUGGUGCCGCUUGAUAUGAGCGAAUAUUAUGCACCCGCUCGAACUGCGCCAUCGAAUCUGGGCAAUGCACUUAGUCAAAUUCUGUUGUGCAAGCAAAUCAAUCCGGACUUUCAGCAGGAGGAGCUCUGCAGCAUUGUGAAGGACGCGGAGGAGUUGAACGAACUGCUCACCGAACUGCAAUCCCACAUGCCCAAAUCGGAGGCAAAUGAUGAACUGGAUGCUGUGGACUUGAACCAGCCAACGCGCUUUGUUACAGCUGUCAAUAAACUGAGCUGGUAUAGCCAACAACGUCACCGCAGCUGCCUCAGCCGCAGUCGCAGUCUCUGUUGUUGCCUCAAGUCAUCCCAGGUGAAUUCGUUUUGAUGCGGUAAGCGCUGGGAAGUUGGCAGUUGGAGUAGGAGUAAGUGCAGACGCAAGAGAAAGUUGUGCAGUGGGUUGGCUUGCCAACAGUCACAUAUCAUAAAGUUAAUAACCAAUAAGAAAGAAAGAAAGAAAGAAAUUAAAUACAACUUUCGUCUUCCUUAACUUAUCUAUCAAUUCACAGUGCAGGAAAUGCACAAUAAAAAUUAAAUACAAUAUAACUUGAAUUGCAAACAAUAAUUUUUUUUUUGUGUGAGUGCGAUAAAGUUUUUGCAACGGCUAAUUGUAAAUAAUAAUAUUAUUUGUUAACGCAACGGAGUAGUGCUCAUCUGGUGCCCUUUGGUCAGCCGAGUGAGCUUUGGAUUAAGCGAUCCGGUUGAAGCUCAUAUUAUUGCUGUGCUCGACGAGCUUUGAUUGCCACAACUAGAUUCCAGAAGCUCGAUUGUUGGUUAAAUUUAGUUAUUUUGUAGUAUUUUUUUUUAAUAUUAUCGCAAGUUUAAUUAAGAAUCUUUUUGUUUAAUAAUCAUUAAUUUAAUUAUAAUCAAAUAACUGUAUUAACUGCAGGACGAUUUCAAUGUCCAUUGGCCAUAAUAUGGUUAUUUUCCCAAAGCUUAAGACUGCGCAACAAAACGGACAUCCUUGCAGGAUCAGUAUUCAACAUCAGCAGCAACAGCAACUCAGUAAGGACUAUUACCUGGCCAAAGGACAUUAAAAUUGUCCCUGUAGUUUCGGA